AUGGCGUUGACGUCAGUCAGUGUUGCUGGGGAAGUUAGCGAAGCCAAAGUGGAGGAAACCACCAUAGCGGCAGUAUUUCCAAAUUGGCUUGAUCUUCCGACAGCUGUGACUGCCAAUAUUCUCCAGAAGGUGGGACACGUAGAUGUUCUGAAGAGUGUGCAGUUUGUAUGCACUGGGUGGCACUGUAUUUCUAUGGAUCCCCUCUUCUGGCGCACUAUUCGCGUAACCGCUCCCAAAACCUACCUCGACCUCGUUGUCGGGAAACAUGGCUUUUAUGCUAUUAAAGCCAUUAAUCGAAGUUGUAGUCAAUUGGAGGACAUUAGUAUUGCUUAUCCUACUGCAUCAAUACUCCGCCACAUUUCUAACAGUGGAAAGAAUCUAAGGCGUAUGAGGCUAGAACGUUGUUCGCCUAAUUCAUUCUGUUUUUACUUUGGUUUAUCAAAUCGUGAAUUACUAGAAGCUGCUAAGAAACUUCCGCUGUUGGAGGAGCUUGAGUUUUUACAUCCCGACGUUUCUAUGGGUUGUCUUGAAACUAUAGGCCAAAGGUGUCCUCUUCUCAAAGUCUUGAAAAUUAUCAAGAGGAAAAAGAAUAUCAGAGGCAUUGAGUGUGACGACGAAGAGGCUUUCCACAUAGCGAAAUCUAUGCCGAAUCUGCGUCAUUUAACACACUUGCGAAACAGGCUUACUAAUGCUGGCUUGCUUGCCAUUCUUAAUAGAUGCUCUCACCUUGAUUUUCUUGACGUGGGAGGUUGUUUCAACCUUGACUUGGAGGACACCAGUUUGGGGAAAAGCUGUGCAGCGCAGAUCAAAGAAUUACGGCUUCCGCAUGAGUAUCUAGCUGAAUCUUCUGACAAUGAGUUUGACAUUACUACAACGGAUCUUCGGAAUCCUGCUGUUCCCUUCAUGGAAGAAGAAUCAAGUGAUUUUUGGGAGGAAGAAUUGUUGUCAUCAAUUGGGGAAGAGUUUCAGGGUCCGGAUGAGUACGUAUCUUGAUCGAUCCUGGUACCUAACUUAAGCAACUUCUGAUGAUAAGGAUGAUCCAUAUGCCGACAUUUUUUGUGAUAUGUGUUGUGAUUGUGGACUCAGAGUCAAGUGAAGAUGAUAAAGCAUUUGCAUUUAGAAUGGUGGUGGAAUUUUAUGUAAUACUGUAGUUGCGAGCAAUGUUCUUAAAUGAUUUGUUGUGACUACUUUACAAUGCUGCAAUGUUUUUAAGGCUUUUAUUUUCCCUUUUUUAAAAGCUCCUAUUUUAGUAGAGUUAUGUCUAAGGCUAUAUGUUUAGUUGUGAACUAGUAAACAUCACCAGGAACCUUAUCUAUAUGGAAGUUAUUUAUGCCCUCACCCCUUUUCGUUA